AUGUUAAUUAAAGAAUAUAGGAUGGUUUUACCUUUAACGGUUGAAGAAUAUCAAAUAGCACAAUUAUAUAUGGUAGCAAAAAAAAGUAAAGAAUCAACAAAAGGUGGUGAAGGUAUUGAAAUUAUAAAGAAUGAACCUUUUGAUAAUGAAAAAGGUAAAGGUCAAUAUACUGAAAAAAUUAUUUAUUUAGCAAACUCAUUACCAAGAUUUGCAGCUGCAAUUUUACCAUCAAGUGCUUUAAAAAUUGAAGAAAAAGCUUGGAAUGCUUAUCCAUAUUGUAAAACUGAAUACAGCUGCCCAUUCUUUGGAGAGAAAUUAGUAUUAUCAAUUGAAUCAAUGCAUUUACCAGGUAGAGGUGAAGUUGAAAAUGCUUUGAAAUGUGAUGCAGAAACAUUAAAACAAAGACAUGUUGACUUUAUUGACAUUGCAAAUGAUCAACCAAAGGAAUACAUUAAAGAGGAAGAUCCAAAAAUAUUUAAAUCAGUAAAAACAGAAAGAGGUCCAUUAGAUGAUCCAAAAUGGAGAGACAAAGUUGAACCAGUAAUGACAUGCUAUAAAUUAGUUCAUGCAGAAUUUAAAUAUUGGGGUUUCCAAACUAAAGUUGAAAAUGUUAUCCAAGAUACAGGUGUAAGAGAUGUACUAUUAAAAGCACACAGAGCUUUAUUUUGUUGGAUUGAUGAAUGGUUUGGUUUAACAAUUGAAGAUAUUAGAAAAAUUGAAGAAGAAACUAAAGCAGAAUUAGCAAAGAAAUUAGAAGAAAAUAAAGCUGCAAAUAAAUAA